GGCCAGUGACAAUCAAGAAUCCUGAAUCCGGUAUCUGGCUCCACGUUUUGCCGUGUGCCAGUGGAGUCCGUGAAAGAUGCCGAGAUCGCUGCAGAGGAGCUCUAAACGCACAGCUUAACACCAGCGCUGGGGAGAUCGUCUCCUCUCCUCUCCACUCCUCUGCUUUUGGGGAGGCCACGGGAAAGAGAGACAGCAGAGAGGCAGAGAUAGGGGGGAACAACGUAAAAACGGGAAAAGACACAGGACUUUUUUUUUUUUUCAGACUGCUUGGACUAUCAGCCUGUGUGUGUGUGUGAUUUCUCUCUCUCUCAUAACUAUCUUCUGGUUUUCUGGGAUGGUUUGAAGAAGACUUGUAUGUGAUGCUUCCUGCACAGAGACCAGCAGUAUUCCUCCUGGUCACCACCCCGAGAUUUCAAUGAGGAUAGUAGCCUCGCUCCAACCAGGAACAUGAAGGGCUUAUCAGGUGGUCGUGCAAUGCACCAGAUUCCAACACUGCCCCCAUGUGGACUGGUGGAGUGCGAGCAUCUCCAUGACCUGCACGGCAUGCAUGUGUCCGAUCUACGCCACUCCUACCUGCUCAGCCCCACGGAGGCCUACGCCAUGGACUUCCAUCACCGUCUUUCCCCCCGCAGCUCCAUUCACUCCGACUGUAUGAUCAUGUCACCCGUGGCGCUAACUUCAACUGCCCCUGCCGACCAUAUCUCCAGCAGCACCUUUCCCAGAAUGCACUACAAUUCACAGUACUAUGACCCAGCUGCCCGGGAAGACUGUGCAGCCAUCACCACCUCAGCCACAUCCGCCGCUCCAGCUGCAACAUCUGCCUCUCACCGCAACAGCAGCAAGAGCAACCGCAUCCCCGCAAACCUGCUGGACCAGUUCGAAAAACAGUUUCCGCUUCAUCGCGAUGGCUUCCACACACUCCAGUACCAACGCACAUCUGCCAGCCCUGGUGGGGAGCAGCGAAGUGAGAGCCCCGGUCGUAUCCGACACCUGGUGCACUCUGUCCAGAAGCUCUUCACCAAGUCCCACUCACUGGAGGGAUCGUCCAAGAUGAAUGGCACCAAAGGUGACAGUGGAGGUGGGGGAAGCCAUCACCAUCACCACGGCAAUCAUCACUCAUCCAAGCACGGCAGCAAGCGCAGUAAAAGCAAGGAGCGCAGGCACCGGUCAGGGACGGGGGGCUGGUGGAGCUCGGAUGACAACCUAGAUAGUGAUAGCACCUACCGCACAGCCAGCGCCUUGAGCCGCCACCACCAUGAGCACGUAGGUCACAGUUUCCCAGAAUCCAUGCACACUCAUUUUGGAGACCACUCACUCAAAACCUCCAAAAGCAACAAUGAUGUCAAGUGUUCAGCCUGCGAGGGCCUGUCCAUGGCACCUGAUGGAAAGUUCAUGAAGAGAAGUUCCUGGUCAACACUCACCGUCAGCCAGGCCAAGGAGGCCUAUCGAAAGUCCUCCCUUAACCUAGAGAAGCCCAUGAUGCAUCAGGACCUUAAACCAUCAUUCCGGUCCUCACACUACCUACAGGUGCCUCAGGAUGAGUGGGGGGGUUAUCCAGGGAUUGACCAGGAGGAGAUCCCAUGUCGUCGAAUGCGUAGCAGUAGUUAUGUCAAAGCCAUGGGAGACGAUGAUAGUGGUGAGUCUGAUACCAGCCCCAAGACAUCACCUCAGAAGACUGUGCGGUCUGAUGCUCUUGUCCUCAAAUCAGCCAUGCAGAGGCCACACAUAGACACCCAAAGCUCUGGCUACCACUUACAGACAACGAGAGAUAUGCGCCCUCAUCCCAGCGUGUCUCUGGAUCCAGCAACCAACUUCAACCCCCCACAAUAUCGCUCCAGAAACCAGAGCUACAUGCGCGCAGUCAGUACCUUCAGUCAGGCAAGCUGUGUCAGCCAGGUGAGUGAGACUGAGGUCAAUGGCCAGUUUGAGUCAGUUUGCGAGUCCGUUUUUAGCGAAGUAGAAUCCCAGGCCGUGGAGGCCUUGGACCUGCCCGGCUCUUUCCGCACUCGAAGCCACAGUUACCUGCGUGCAAUUCAGGCUGGGUAUUCCCAAGAUGACGACUGCUUGCCUUCAAUGACAUCCUCUACUGUCACUUCAACUCUCAGAUCCACAACAGGUCAGGGAUUAGAACUGGCAGUGAGAGGUCUCUGGAGAGGCAAACAGAUCUACCAGAACGGCUCCAAAAUGUCUCAGCUCAAAUCAGCUGGACCAUCUGGGAAUGGUGUCUCCACUCUCCAUGGAAAGCAGCUCGUGAUAUCUCAUUGGCUGCAUGGUUGUGCAGGUCUGGAAUGUGAAUGGCCCCUAGCAACCUCAGAUGUUUCUGAUCCUGAGGAGGAGGUGGCGGACAAGAUUAAAUAUGAGAUAGGAGUGUAG